AUGGCCCCGGCUGUGGAUAUGACCACCUCGUCCACCGGCAUCCGCAGCGACGAUCUGCCUGCAUCCGCCUUCAGCAAGCCCAGCGGCGGUCUCCCCGUCGCGGCUGCGAUGGGCGGGGAGGAAGAGAGCGACAAGCCCAAGGUCUCCCCGUCCCUCCUGCCAUUCAGCGUGGAGGCGCUCAUGGCCGAUCACAGGAAGCCGGGCGGCAGGGAGGGCCCUGAGGGUGCCGGCCCCCCCGGAGCGGCCACCCGCCCCAGUCUCAGCCCCCGCCUGGGCGCCCUGACGGCAGAGGCACCGUCCUCCCCGCUGCCGCUCGGCAGCCACUUCUCCGUCGCGGGGCUGGUCAAGCUGCCCGAAGACACUCUGGUCAAGGCAGAAAGCCCCGAGAAGCAGGAGCGGAGCCCCUGGAUGCAAAGCCCACGGUUCUCGCCGCCUCCACCGAGGCGGCUGAGCCCCCCAGCCUGCACCCUGCGCAAGCAUAAGACGAACAGGAAGCCCCGGACGCCCUUCACCACAGCUCAGCUGCUGGCACUUGAGAGGAAGUUUCGGCAGAAGCAGUACCUGUCCAUUGCCGAGCGUGCAGAGUUCUCCAGUUCGCUCAGUCUCACUGAGACCCAGGUGAAGAUCUGGUUCCAGAACCGCCGUGCCAAGGCCAAGCGGCUCCAGGAGGCCGAGCUGGAGAAGCUCAAGAUGGCAGCCAAGCCCAUGAUGCCGCCUGCUGCUUUCGGCAUCUCCUUCCCACUGGGCGGCCCGGCUGUGGCUGGUGCCUCUCUGUAUGGAGCUUCCAGCCCUUUCCAGCGGGCAGGGCUGCCCGUGGCUCCUGUGGGACUGUACACGGCACACGUGGGAUACAGCAUGUACCACCUCACAUAG